AUGCAUCGCUCUUCUUAUGAUGGCCGUUCAGGCUCCCGUGGCAGUCACUCCAACAGCAGCGCAUUCAGUCCUAACGCCAACCCUAAUGAAGACUGGACCAAGAUUUCUGAUCUGGCAGAGCGUCGUCGCAUUCAGAACCGUAUCGCUCAGCGGAACUAUCGCAAGAAGCUGAAGCGUCGUUUGGAGGAUCUCGAGAGACGAGCUGCGACAUCCGCGUCUCCCGAACAGUCCCAUGCAGAGCCAGUGUCACCCAAGGCAUCCCCCUCUAAGACCCGAACAAAGCAACGAGCCGCCAAAUCCGAUGUCAAACCGCACACCCACUCAGAUCGGUCUGGUUCCUACGAGUACUAUGGUCCGGAUGAGCGCCAGACCAUGUUUGCCCAACAAUGUACUCGCCAGCUUUCUGCCUCGCCACCCCCAGCCUUCUCCCACCCAUCCGUUUCUCCAUACGACGCCUACCGGCAGUCGGCCUACGCCCAGUCCCCGCUCUACCAUACUGCGCCAAGCAGCUAUAGCGACUUGGCCUACCAAAGCGAAUAUGGCGAAACUUUCCCUUCAAUCAUGCCAGUACUCCCAUCAAUGGGCGCGCCCCGCAAACUAGCCUACGAUGAAGAUCUGAUAAGCCCAUUCAGCAUGAGCUAUGCGACAAUGGCCGGCAUCGAUCUCGUCCAGCAACAACAAUCCCAAGCCCAAGCCCAAGCACAUGGAUAUCCCUCAAGUCUUCCGAUGCCCUCGCUUGCCUACAGCUACGAGGACCAGCGAGCACCAUCAACGUCACCAGAGGCAUCCAUCUUCACGUCGCCCCUCACCCCCGACUCUGCCCCUUGUUCGCCUCGUUCUAUCUUGUACGAGUAUGAUCUACGGUCAUAA